AUGGAGCAAUCCGCCCCUCCAGUGGACAUCCACGCCCCGUUCACGCGCGCCGAGCGCAUGCAACAGCUGGCUGACAUUGAUCAUGACAUCGCAUCCUUGCUGGACUUGACCGGGACGGCCAUACAAAGCUUAGGAAAGCAGAGCCUACCCACACCCUCCAACAACAGCACCAGCAACAGCGCGCCCGAACAGGCAGAAUCGCAGCCCCAGCCCUCGGCAGCAGAGCAGACCCGCCAGUUUGAGGACGCCAUGAACAAGUUCCUCUCCACGCUGCACUCCGUCGACGCCCGGCUGAAGCGCCAGAUCCUGGGGCUCGACGAGGCCGGCAUCAUCAGCCUGCCGAGCAACAAGGACGCCGCCAAGGACAAGCCCAAGGACGACGACGGCCCAGUCUCGAAGCCUGCGCUCGAGCCCAACGGCGUCGGCAUGGUCGGGGAUCUCGACGUCGGCUGGCUGAACAGCAGGAGCAACCAGGUCGAGAGGGAGAUGGAGGCCGAGCUGUGGACCAAGGCGAGGACACACCUUGAGACUCUGUCUGGGGGUGCAGGUAAUGCGAACGCCGGCGGCGAUGCUGAUAUGACAGGAUAG